AGCUAUUAGAUAUAAACUAGUUUAUAAGUCUUCCAAUAGAGAGCCUUAUUGUUUUCACAUUUUUCCCAUUCUAAUAUAAAUAAAUAUCCUCCUCGGUGCUUAGACUCAUUCAUACAUACAUUGUAUUGAAAAUGGCCAAACCAUACUCUUUUCUCUGUGUUCUCUCUGCCUCACUCUAUUAUUGCUUCUUCACAUGCUUAACUGUGAGUAGUAAAAAGAACAUCACCACCGAUGAAUUUUCACUUCUUGCAUUCAAAUCAUCUAUUACCUUAGACCCUUAUCAUAUGCUUAGUAAUUGGUCAAUUUCCUCUUCUUUUACUUCUUUCUCAUCAUGCAAUUGGCUUGGUGUCACUUGUGAUGAGCAUCAUGGAAGAGUAAAAGGAUUGAAUCUUAGUAGCAUGGGCCUUAAAGGUACCAUUUCUCCUCAAUUGGGAAAUCUUUCUUUCCUUGUUGUUCUUGAUCUAAAUGGCAAUAGUUUCCAUGGUGAGUUACCACAUGAGUUACUUCACUUGAAGAGAUUGAAAUUGUUGAAUUUGAGCAACAAUGGUUUUGUUGGAGAAAUUCCAUCAAGGAUAGGGUACUUAUCCAAACUUCAAUACUUGCAUCUUGGCUAUAAUAAUUUUGUUGGAUUUAUUCCUCAAUCUAUAUACAAUUUGUCAAUGUUAGAGUAUCUAAAUUUGAGAUCAAAUCUCAUCAAAGGAACCAUUCCGCAUGUUAUUGGCCAACUUCGUCGGUUGAGGAUUUUGAAUAUCAGUAACAUUAAGUUGUUGUCUGGAAUCAUACCAAAGACAGUUUCCAACAUGUCUUCCCUUGAAGAAAUCUACUUAGAAAAAAACUCCUUAUCAGGUAUGAUAUACUCACACCACACCAUUACAAUACAACAGUCAACAUGCAUUGAUUGACUUUUAUUGACCUUAUUUGCACAAAACUUAGCACAAAACUGCACGGUUCUUGGAUCUAUGAGAGAAAAUUUAUAAUUUUUUUUUUUACCUGGUUUGGCAAAUUUAUAGCUUUUUUAUAAGUUAUAAAAUAUAGCAAAAAAAUUAGCUGAUUGAAUAUGUAGUGUUUGUUAAAAUUAGCUAAGUUAAUAAAUUAUAUAGUCUUAAAAGUACACCUCAAAAUAUUUGUUUGGUUGUUUGGA